AUGUCGCACAUAGAGUCCCUGCUCAUACCCCUACGAGCAGCAAAAGACGCAUCAGCCGUGAUACCCGUCCCAGGGCUGAGCCUUGCGCUCGAGCUCGCUUGUAGCAUCGCCCAAAAGGCUAAGGAUAUUGGAGACUCGCACGAUGCUUGCAGGUCGCUCGCUGAACGAGCGGCGUCCUUCUCGCUGGGGAUCUACAACCAAUUGAAGGAGGGUGUUACCGACUCCCACCCGGUUGCGACAAAAGAACAUGUCGACCUACUACUCCGGACACUGCGCAAUAUCGAGGGCGUCAUGGAACGCCGGCACAAGAUGCGUGCUCUCAGGUUCCUACUAGGGUACACAAAAAUUGCAAAGGAGGUCGGAGAUCUCGCUACCCGACUCGACGAUGCCAACAAUAGAUUCAUGAUGCAGACAGGUAUCGACAUCAUGAAUAGCAUGGACACAUUGAUGAGCACGAACGGCCGAGUCCUGCAGCACGUCGAGGACUCCGCGCACGUAGGAGCUGUCCUCAUCAGUGAGACAAGAAGCAUCCGUGUUACCGUCUUAGAUUUAGCGCAGCGCCUCAGUAACAGUGCGACGUUCGACGGCAGGUUCCGACUCUUCGCCGAAGAAAACCUCGACCUUAUAGAGCCCAUCCACGAUGUAGUUCCGCGGCAAGAAGACGGACAAGCUCACAACUUUCGCAUAGCCUCGCCAGUUGAGCCGUCGGGACGCGUCAUCCGUUACCGUGCAAUCGUGAGGGCGGCUGGCGACCUAUCGGGCUCGCAGGUCAUCGUUCAUACGUACCUCGAGACCGACCGCUUCGUGGAGGCGAUCAAAUCCGGCAAGCUGACUUUCCAUCCGUACAUCUUGAGGAUAUUGGGUUACUCCCGUAUUGGUGGCCCAGGCGAACCUUCGUACAUUGUGACCGAAGACUAUCACUGUCCGUACGAGGAUUAUAUCCGUCCCCUCCAUGGAGUAAGCAAGCUUCGUGCAUAUCUGCAACUGGCGGCGGAGAUGUGUAUGGCGGUCGACUACCUUGAAACGAUGGGGCCGCGUCAUCUACUGGCUCAAAGCGAGUACUGGACUUACGGCGUACAAUACGGUUUUGAGUGGGGCGAACUCGUAUUCGAUCACCGCUAUGGAGGCCGCGUGAAAUGGGCUCGGAAUUAUCUCAUGCUGAAGCCAGCGAACAAUCGUGAAGCGUUCAUUCCCGCUACGUAUGCGAAGAGGAUGCGCGUACUAGACGUUCUUCGUUCCGUUGCCAAAGCGAGCGCAGGCGCUGUCGUGCACUGUUGGCUAUCUCAAGUUUUACUCGACCUCACGGUGAAUAUUGUUCAUAUGCCUGGGCGCAUGUCAUGGCAAUGUUGGCAAGAAGCCCGGGAUCUGCCUCGGUAUACGCUCGGAGCGUGGGUGGGACGUAACGACCGCGGCGAAGAUUGGACCAUCGUGUCUACCCAAAAUAUGAAACUCGAAGUUGUCACAACCUUCCCGGAGAUACCGCAGGUGGUUCCCUGGCUCGGCCCAUCCCCGGAUACAUCGCAAGGAGAGCACUCUCUCGACCAGAAAAUGAGGAUGGUCAAACCCUUCAACGUUCCCGAAUCGGACCGCGGCGAGAUGUGCGUCGACGUGGAGUUGGGCACGGCUGGGACGAAGUGGAAGAGGUACCAGUUUUCCUGUAUUCCCGUGGGCACGACAUUUCUCUUUGUGCAAGUCGACCACAUCAUGGGCCAUGGCGACGCCGUUUCGAAAAUAGUAGGUUCGGCGCCGGAUCUAUCUACUGUAGGAUUCAAGAGCAUUGGUUUAGCUACGGAGGUCGUAGAAUACAUGGAGACGGCCGCCACGGGAAUUGGCGUUGGGGCCGCACAGCAGGCGCCCCCGCCGCUUUGGUUCUUCCUGUUACAAUACGACGGCAGCAACCAGGAUGUGACUCGCGACCCCAAAUUUCCACGAGGAUUCUGGUCAUCGGAGAGGCAACCCACCUCCAUCCCGGAGGACAUCAUCUUCGACACGACACGAAGGUUCGAACACAUCCGGAAGAACACCAGUGCGCGGCUUUCAAUCUGGAAACAAACAAUUGGCGACCUUGCUUUCACGACCCAGACAAAGUCGUACACAAGGAUCCUAGGGCCCGGGGAGGACGAACUAAUGGCUCUCAAGGAGCUUCGAAAGCAGCAUGGCUACUAUUCUACCGGUAGCCCCUACGCUGGCGACUCGCAUGACGCGGAUGCGGAGCGCUUCUCCGUGCACGACGGCGACGAGUCGGAUGACACUGACAGUGAACACGACGAGUACUUUGACGCCAGCGACGGUGACUCGGACGAUGAGCCCGAACAGUACUUCGACGCAAGCGAAGGCGACGAAGACCCGGUCGUGGUACGAUAUUCUGAAUCCACUCACGGAGCCCAGGACGGCGCAAAGGGAUUGGAUUUCGAUGACGCGGAAGAUUCGGGAUACUACAGCGCAGAAGAAAACUAA